CGAGCGAUUCGCUAACAGAAUUUCAACCCCUCACCAUCAUGCACGUGUCUGGACACCUGAAGGCUUGCUGCAGAAACUAAGAGAGAAGAAAGGCCCACGCUUUGAGGGAGAAGGAGAGAGCACCAGACGAAGAGAGAGGCCCAAGAUCGGAGUACAGCCAUGGCCAGCGCUCAGGCGAGCCUGAAAGCACCUUUCAAAGAACUGACCUCGCUGAAGGGCGCCGCGGGCAAGCGGCCGUCCCGCGAGAGGAUGGAGGACGCGCCCAUCAAGAAGCGGCUGAUGGCGGAGAUGAAGCUGAAGCGCCGGGGCCUGGAAGGGCCCCCCCGCGCCCCCAAGGUCAAGCGGGAGCACGCGGAGGAGCGCGACGCGGCCGACGCCUGCGACCGGGGCGGAAAGCACGCCCUCCACGCCAAGGCCCUGGACCUGAGUCCAGGCCUCAAGCACACGCUGGCGCAGUUCACCCUCAGCAGCCAGAGCUCGCUGGGCGGGCCGGCCGCCUUCUCGGCCCGCGGGGGCCCGGACCCCGCCUCGCCGCCGGGGCUCCUGGUCCCCCUGCCCUCCCCGCCGGUGCUGGGCGGCGGCCCGCUGCUGGUGCCCUGCGACAGCUCCACGGAGCUCACCCACUCGCUGCUGGAGGGCGAGUCCAUCUCCUGCUUCAUGGUGGGCGGCGAGAAGCGGCUGUGCCUGCCGCAGGUGCUGAACUCGGUGCUGCGCGAGUUCUCGCUGCAGCAGAUCAACGCCGUCUGCGACGAGCUCUACGUCUACUGCUCGCGCUGCGACGCCGAGCAGCUCAGCAUCCUCAAGGUGCUGGGCAUCCUGCCGUUCAACGCGCCGUCCUGCGGCCUCAUUACGCUCACCGACGCCCAGCGGCUCUGCAACGCCCUGCUGCGGCCCGGCGCCGCCCUGCCACCCGACCCCAGCGGCAAGCUGCCCGGCCAUGGCCUGCUGAAGGAGGGCGGCCAGGCCGGCUUCCAGGUGGAGCACCAGUGCCUGGGCAAGUGCCAGGGCCUGUUCGUGCCGGGCUUCUACACGCAGCCCGACGCGCCCUGCAUCCAGUGCGUGGAGUGCCAGCUGCUCUUCGCCCCACAGAAGUUCGUCAUGCACUCGCACCGCUCGCCCGACAAGCGCACCUGCCACUGGGGCUUCGACUCGGCCAAGUGGCCCUGCUACCUGCAGCUGGGGAGGAAGUACCAGGGCACGGCGGAGGAGGCCGAGCUCAAGCGGCUGCUGGACGAGAUGAAGGAGAAGUUCAGCUACCAGCUCAAGAGGCCCCUGGACAAAAAAGCCGGCAUGGAGGACAGCCAGGUGCGGAGAGUGAGCCCCGACCUCUGCUUCCCCAAUGGAAAGCUGUCCGAGAGCGAGCCGGGCAGAAAGGCUAAAUCCUCCCAGCCUGCCUUGGUUUUCAACCGCCUGUACCCGGACAUCAAACAGGAGCCCGGCCACUCGGCCAUCAUUCACCCCAGCUACUUCCUGUACACGUGCGACAAGGUGGUGGCGCCCAACGUGUCGCUGCCGCACCCGCUGCGGAAGGAGGGCGAGGCGGGCGCCGAGGUGCUGGGGGCGCUGCUCAAGAGGCACUACGGCGAGGCGCGCCGGCGGCCCACCCAGGAGGAGCUCGCCGCGAGCACAGACGGAGAGCUCCCGGCACUCGCUUCCCGGCGCGCGGGCGAGCGAGAGCGCGAGGCCCGGCCGGUCGCCAUGGAGACGGGCCCGGGCGAGGACGCCCACGCGGCCGCCUCGGCGAAGGACGCGGCGAGCGCCGAGGACGACAAGGACAGGAUGGUGCUGGAGAUCGUGCAGAUGUACAGCCGGCAGCAGGAGCGGCUGCACUCCACCCUGCACAAGCAGAUGCAGCUGGAGAUGGAGCUGGAGGCGCUGCGGGGGGGCGAGGCGGCGCGGCUGCGGGAGCUGUCGGCGGAGCACAGCGAGCUGCAGAGCGAGCUGCAGGCGGUGCACAGCGAGCACGCGCAGCGGCUGGGGGAGGUGCGGCAGGAGCAGCGCGAGCUGGAGCGCCGGCUGGAGCAGCUGAAGCAGCAGAGCUGCGGCUGCGAGCCCAGCGCGCACCGCGAGCAGGAGGCCCGCUACGCCGCGCAGCUGUCGGAGCUGCGGCGGAGGUUGGACCGGGCCGAGGCGGACCGGGAGGAGCUGCAGGAGGAGCUGUGCAGGGAGCGGGAGGCGCGGGAGAAGCUGGAGCUCAUGAUCUCCCAGCUCAAGCAGCAGAUGUCCGGGUCCGGAGCGGCGGGGGGCUCCUCUCCCCCUGCCGCCCCCGAGGCCCCGGCGGCCGCCCCCACCCCCACCCCCGCCGAGGUAACCCCCGCCCAGGACUAG